AUGGCUGGCCCCGGUCCGAUCAAGCCGCAUGUCCCCGGCAUCUACAGAUACACUGCUACCGCCCUCGGCGCUAGCAUGUGGUUCUUCCUAAUGUGGCGCGCGAGGAAAGACGGCCCCGUCCUACUAGGCUGGAAGCACCCAUGGGACCACUAG